GUUUAGUUAGUAGUGGAUGAGGUGUGCUUUCUUACACUGAGGAUGGACUCUACUUCACGGACAUACUGACGGACUCAAAAAAUAUUCUACAAGUCUGUUGUUUUGACGGAUUUAGAUGUAAUCUCUUUUUUUUUUAAAAAAAAAAAAACCUUUUCCAUAGACCGUGCAGACUUCAUUUGUGUCGGAGUGUUUCACUCUCCAGUUCGUGGAUGAUCCAAAAUGACUCUCACUAAAUGGUCACUUGUCAGAGCUUAGCGUUGACCCACCGAGGAGUGUUCCAACUACAUGAAAACAAGCAGCGUUUAAGCCUGAAAGGAUUCCUCUUCUCUGUGCUAAGAGUCCGCUAACAAGAAUCCAGUCAAGGACACGUUCACCCCCCUCACCCUGCAGAAAGAUGGGAGUGAAAAAAUAAAGCUUUGCAGAGUCAAGAGGCGCUUAAUGAACUCCAAAGAAUUUUAAAACAAACUGUGUGCAUUUGUCUGUGUGUAAGAAUCAGGCAGCCAUGUGCACGUUAGCUGCAACCAUCCACUGUCUUCUUGCUGCUGUGCUGCUAUUGGUUAGUAGCCUCCAUUUAGUGACUACCACUGAGGAUGAUGUCACACCUCGCAUCAGCUUCUCAUACAAUGCAAAGGAGAGAUCGGCCAAGAGAUUCUCUGUGUUCGGUGUCUUCAAUUACACCUCUCUGCUGCUCAGCCAGGAGGACGACAUGCUGUAUGUCGGAGCCAGGGAGGCACUGUUUGCCCUCAGUCUGUCAGACAUCAGCAAGACCAAACUGCAGAAAAAUCUGACAUGGGGUACUCCUGCAGGAAAAAGAGAAGAGUGCAGCUUUAAAGGGAAGAACUUGGAGACUGAUUGCUUCAAUUACAUCAAAAUUCUCCUUCGGCUGAACAGCACCCAUCUCUACGUGUGUGGUACCUAUGCCUUCAGUCCUGUCUGUGCAUACAUAAACACGUCAACAUUCACACUGGAAAGAGACGAGGUGGGCGAGGUUGUGAUGGAAGAUGGGCGCAGUCGCUGCCCUUUCAAUCCAGAGUAUAAAUCCACUGCCAUCAUUGUUGAUGGUGAGUUGUAUUCUGGUACUGUCAGUAACUUCCAAGGCAAUGAGCCAGUCAUUUACAAAAGUUUGGGUCAGGGAACUGCGCUGAAGACGGAAAACUCCUUAAAAUGGCUGCAAGACCCAGUCUUUGUUGGGUCAGCCUACAUUGAGGAGAGCCAGCCUGUAGGUAACCCUGUGGGAGAUGACGACAAGAUUUACUUUUUCUUUAGUGAGGCGGGAAAAGAAUUUGACUUCUUUGACAACACCAUCGUGUCGAGAAUAGCUCGCGUGUGUAAGGGUGACAAGGGAGGUGAGCGGGUGCUGCAGAAGAAAUGGACCACCUUCCUGAAGGCUCAGCUCCUGUGUUCCCUCCCCGACGACGGCUUUCCCUUCAACAUCAUCCAGGACAUGUUUGUUCUGAAGCCCACAGGGGACAGCUGGGAGAGCACAGUUUUCUACGGGGUUUUCACCUCUCAGUGGUAUAAAGGGGCAUCAGGCAGCUCAGCAGUGUGUGCCUUCAGUAUGGCGCAGGUGGAAAGGGCUUUCAGCGGCCGCUAUCGAGAGGUCAACAGGGAAACUCAGCAGUGGUACACCUAUAACCACCCAGUACCUGAGCCACGGCCUGGGGCGUGUGUGACUUACCAUGCCAGGCAAAUGGGUAUCCAGUCAUCCUUGCACAUGCCUGACAAAGUGCUCAACUUUGUCAAGGACCAUUUCCUGAUGGACAGCGUGAUCCGCAGCGCUCCGCUGCUGCUGAAACGCAGUGUGCGUUACACCCAGAUCGCCGUGCACAAGAUCCAGGGCAUGGAACGGGCCUACGAUGUGCUCUUCAUUGGAACAGACGAUGGAAAGCUUCACAAGGCCAUCAAUGCCAAUGACAGGAUGCACAUCAUAGAGGAGAUGGUUUUAUUUGCUGAGCCGCAGCCUGUGCAGCACAUCGAACUCGAUCCUCAGCGGGGUUUGUUGUUUGUGUCGUCGUACUCUGGCCUGGUGGAGGUUCCUGUGGCUAAUUGCUCCAACUACCUGAGUUGUGGUGAGUGUGUGUUGUCCAGAGAUCCCUACUGUGCCUGGACCGGGCGGCUGUGUCGGGAUGUCAGGAUGGCUCCACCUGACAGCCACUGGCAACAGGAUGUGGAGGAGGCUGAUACAUCAGCGAUUUGUAACAGGACAUCUCCCAGCCCCAGAUCUGCCAGACCAGCAGCUUCUCGUGGCUCCCAUUGCAAGCUCAUCACAAUCCCAGCUAACACCUUUCGAGUCCUGCCCUGCAAGCUGCGGUCCAACCUGGCGCAGAGAAAGUGGCAUUACAGUGACAGUGCCAGCCAAUUUCUCUACGCUACCCCAGAGGGAAACCUUGUAGUGGUGGCGCAGUCCAACAAGAUGGAGACCUACGAGUGUUGGUCAGAAGAGGAGGGGUUCCGCCAGCUGUUAGCCAAUUACUGUGUCAGUGCGGAGCCCCGUCACGAAAGCACAACUCUGAUCAGCCACUCGCGCACAUCUCACAUUGCCCAAGAGGAAACCAUCAUCAUGCCUGGCGUGUCUCGUUCUGAGCAGGUCCACAUGAAGACGUACUGGAAUGAACUGAUCGUGGUGUGCGCUCUGCUGGCGUUCUCCCUCGUGGUGUUCUCUUUGUUUGUCAUCUACAGGAACCGUGAUCAUAUGAAGUCGAUGCUGAAGCAAGGCGAGUGCCCCAACAUGCAGCAGAAGAAGCCAAGGAUUGUAGGAAAGCCCACUGAGAGCUUACCGCUCAACGGCAACACCAUCCCCGUAUCUACGUCAGAUCACAAAGGCUACCAGACAUUAAAUGACAACUACAUCUGCAGCACACCCACACAUGAGUCCUCACCGGACAACAGCAAGAGCUUCUCAGAGUCCUCCGACAGGCGUCUGCUUAACCUGAAGGAGAGCCAUGUGGAAUACUCCCCAACCUGCCCUCGACCCAGAGUGAGGUUAGGCUCCGAGAUCAAAGACUCCAUCGUGUGAGAGUACAGCAUUCACACACCAACAACUUGCAUCACCAUGAGGUUAAAGACCACCAAGCAAAGAAGAGGAGACCCUGACAUCCUCCUACAUCACAACACACCUUUUAUUCUAGUGAUCAUAGUUCUGUGGGCAGUGCGGAGCUCAUUUCUUUUAAACAUUCCCACUCCAAAGCCAGAGGUUGAUUCCAGUUUGCUGUUAAGGAUGGAAGAGGAGGCAGCACAACACUCCGGUUUCAGCCAGAAUAACAAACCGUGGCAGCUGCUAAAAUUAGUCUUUUUUUGUUUUUUUAUCAUUCUGAUGGCCACUAACACUAUAUGUGUGUGUUAGCAUAAGGUUGGAAAAUAUAAGUGGGGAAAAUGAUAAAAGUAUAGGCAGGAGACCUUCUUUCUGUCUCUUUAGGUAUGCAUUAGUAAAUUAUUCUGUCUAUAUGCCUAUCGCAUACAAUUACAGCAAGACGAUAACUCAAAAGUAUUAGAUGGUUACCCAACCUUGAAUAUGAGUACUCUUGUACAUUUUAUGCAGAAAGUGGCUGCCACAUUUCUGUUAUUAUGCACACUAAAGCUAACCAACAUCAUCAUGGUGACCAAGAGUUCAGGUUUAGGUGAAUAUUAUUCAUGUCGUGCAUUUUCAUUAUGAUCCACAUAUUAUAAAAGCAAGUCAGGCGCACAUUUGUUCUGUUUUUCUGAUUAAAUAUCAUAUGAGGAUAAAUAGAACAAGAAAGACCAGGGAAAUACUCCACACAAGGGUCUGCUGCAGCAUCAAGAGAGGUGAUCAAGAAGGAUGCUCCAAGGCCCAAGCACUGACACUAACCUCCUGAAUGUAUGUUGCUGUCAAAAGAUGGUCUGUUUUACACAAAACUGUUCCAUGGACAAUUUAGGGAGACAACUGCAUUUCUGCUCAUCUGGGACAGCCUUGUUCUGUAGUAUUAACCUGCCGACACAAUGAUGGGUUAAUAAAUGGACUGAGACAUAGAUGCCCAGUUUUCUGAGGCAAAUAUAGAAAAGAAACCUGACACUUCAAAUGUAGAGAGGUUAGAGGAAGAAAAAUGAAAGAGAGAAAAAUGGGACAUCUGCACCUCCUAACAUAUUCAGGGCAGCACCUAAAUCACCAUGUGUACUGUGCCAAAAAAAGAAGAAAAGAAAAAACUAAACUUAUCUAAAUGCAAUAGUGCCAUCAUGUCACGACCAUCUCACCCUUUGUGUUAGCAUUGAUCACUGUCAAAGAGCACAUGGUGAUGGACCCAAGGUUGGGGUUUCACUACAAGUAAUGUGGCACUAAUAAUAAAUAAAUGUGAAGUUCAAAGUUGGGAAUUUCUCUAAGACUGUUAGCUCAUAACAAACUUUAUAGAAUGUGUUGGGUAACAAUGUUUAAUCUUUUUUGUCAAAAUUUGAACUGGGGCCAAAGGACAUGGCACAUUUGCCAUGUGGUUAUUAAUAUUCCACUUUACCUUCUGCCUUCUUACUACAGGUACCACUACUAGGAGACAGCUGAGUUUGAAUGACACAGAAAAUACAAACUUCUCGAUUAGGUGAGAUGCUAUUAAGUCCAUGCAAGAUGUUAAAGUCACAAAACAAAUAACUAAUGCUGUGGGGAAAACAUCAAAUUUUGUGGCCUGUUGGCCAGACAUCUAUAUGCUACAAUUUGUGGGUGCACAGUACUUUGUGUAAUCUUAAAAUACCCCCAGCUGGUCAGGUUACAUGUCUUAAAAGGCGUUCACUACACUCAAGUCGCCCAAAUGCCAAUGUGAAAGCACAAGAAAUCAGGGUUACAGGUUUGCACCUUUCAGUAACAUUGAAAAUUUUAACAAAUGCAACUACUGAAACAGUUGGUGUGGCUGCUGAGAAUGAAGAUGAUUUUUUUUUAGAUAUGUUAUUACAGGGACCAGUGCAGCCAUACCAGCACAGUUUCACUCAGUGCAUAUGCCUUUGAGACUUCAGCAGAAUUUUCCAAAGAUGUAGGAAGAUGGUAGUGUUGUGUAAAUGAGACUGAGAAACAUCUACAUGGCCGUAAGGACUCAAUGACACCAUAUGUCUUAGAGUACAUCACCACUUCACUGUUUUGGUCAUGUAAGCCUAAAGUAUGUAUUCCAACAUUAUACAAGACUACAUUUGCCAUUUCAAACACUGAGCAGAUGAUAAAAAGCUAUGUAAAUGCUACAAGUUGACAAAGUAGCUGCACAGCAUAUUGUGCAGCAGCGGUCAGUGUUUCUUUUAUUUUCCUAAGUUUUUGUUGUGUAUAUACAGUACCUGUGCUUAAUAUUGUGUGUUUUAAGGGACCUUGUGCAAGAUGUGUUCUAGAGGUAGCAUUGAAACUAGAGAGUGAACACUGCUGAGUUUUUUUCAUAGUGCUGACAACUUCAGCAUACAUUUCAGUUAGUUCCCCACCUCCAAUGGCUUUUAUCAAGCACAUCAUAACAGGAGAGAUGUCCUUUUUUAAUAUAUUCAUGCGAAUAAAAGGAGUAGUUUCAAAUUCUUACAAAAUAAGGUCAUAUUACCUAAUUUCUGAGAGUGUAAUGAGAAGUCUGAAAUCUAUCAAAUCCACAUGCAAAGUUUCUUGUAUAUUUUCAUUCUUAAUGUAUUGUGUAGACAGUGCAGCUGCUUCCAGGUUGGCCUUGUGGUCAGUUACAAAAAGCUAGUGUAUUCAUGUUUUAGUUUUUGAAACAUGGCAAUGUAUUCAAAUACAAAGACAACUGUACAAAGCCAAUCCCAAAUAAGUAUGCAGAAGUAAAGUUAAUGAGAACGGUAACUUGAGUAAGUUGUUGAAACUUGAGUGACCAGUAACACUAAUUGCUUUAAUAGUUAAACUUAUCACUGUAAUCCCUAUUCUGUGGAGCUAAAAAAAAAUACAGAAGUCAGAAUAUAACCAUUGCCAAGAAGAAAAUCCAAUUUCUGGUGGCACACCUGAUGUUAUUAGCUAAUAGUUAAUAGUGUUACCCCUGGUAUCAUUAGCUAAAGGCUAAUAGCUGAUUAGCUUGAUUUGUUGAUAAAGGAAAUUGUUUUGUUUUUUUUUCCUUUUUUUUCCAAAUUUUUGGUCAUUUUAUACUUUUUGUACAUAAAAGCUAGCGUAUUGUGACUUUUUUAAAAUCCGCUUUAUGAGAAAAUACCAGGACUUUCUCUCGUUCUCUUGCUUUCAGAGUGCUAAGCUAAGCUAACAGGCUUGUAGCACUAGCAUACAAAUAUGAAUAUCAAACUUCUCAUUUAACUCUCAUUAAUAAAUCAAAUAGCCUACUUUUUCCAAGAAUUUUGACUAGCUAAGACUGAAUAAAAAGUACCCAAGGAUGUCACUUGAAAAAACACAGAUUAUAAAUUAUAUCUCAAAAGCUUCUGUAUUAAACAAUUGUUUCACCUCUACCAAGACAAAUGUUCUAAAUUUCCAGUAACCUGUCUGAGGUGCUUGGUGGAUAGCCACACUGCAAAAUAAAUAAAUAAAUAAAAAGCCUUUACUGUAGAUAUACCAGUUCUUCUGCCUUUAGCCAUGUGCUACAUUGUACACUACCCAGCAGUGACCUCAUCAUCAGAAAAGUGGUGAAUGAUGUGAUUGUAGCCCUCACUGGGUACAUCUAACUCAACAACACAACACGGGUCAGUGGUAGAUUUACACUAUCCACCAAGCCACCAUUAACCUUUCUAGCAUACAAGGCUGGAAGCUGCUCAAAAUCUUCUUGUAUUCUGUAUCCUUAGAUUAUGUAAAGAGUGAUACUGGAGACACAGUAAACAUCUAGAGAAAUUGGUGUUAACCAUAAUAUCACUUCUUUAUCUGAAAUAAGAAAGCUAAAGAUAAUAUUUGACUUCACUGGGUAAUAAUCUGAAAAGAGAAACUGUCAUAAAUGUGAGUAUUUAUUAAUGACAUGCUUUUCCACUAAAAAGCAAACAGUAUUACAGUAAAUGUCUCAUUUUGAAUAGCUCCUGGGUAAUAAAACAUACUGUACUGGAUAUGAAUGUAACCAGAUAUAUAUUCAUAGAACAUUUACAGCAAUCUAUUUUCCUAAAACCGCUUCUGUAGACAGUCAAAUGCUACAAAGAAACAGCACGAUAGAAGUAAUGAAAUAUCUGUGCUGCAUGAUGUAGUACUAAAAUGCAAGUACAGCUCAGAUCCUACAGAUCAGCUCAGCCAUGAGACACAGUGACUGCAUUGCCUCAACAUACUGAGCACCAUAAGCUUAGUUGACUGAGUAACUAAUAGACAAAUGUGGUCUUGCCUGCAUGAUUUUUUUUUUUUUUUUUUUUUUGUGUGUGUGUGUGUAAAAACAUUGUGAAUUGUAUUUUUUGUAUCAUUGAGGUUUUGACUGUUGUUUUUAUUAUAUUGUACAUAAAAAGCACUUUAUUUUAAUUUUCUAAGAAAUGAAUAAAAUACAUGUUUUGACA